AUGAGUGGAGACGCCCCGAUCCGUAUUCCUCCCAGCGAACCAGUCUUCAGCAUUGACUUUAUUAGAAAUAAUCCAGUUUCACAGCCAAACGAUGCAACACAAGCGCAGCCGCAGAAUUUUUUACAGCCGCAAAUUGACUUUCCCGCUUUCUCUACAAUAUCUCCCAUCGUACCAUCUACUUAUGUUCCCGAAGAUUUGGACGAGGAUGUCAAAAGUGGGAGCAGCACGGAAUGGUUCACAUCGAAUUAUAUUCGUCCAAAUGUUCUUAAAUUGAGACCGUUGCUCAACAGUGGUGUAAUUUUCGAUGCGUCAUUAAGGAGUUUGUUUGAACUUCCGUGCAAUGAGUCGUCUUGCACAGAGAUAAAAGAAGAAUUUGUGGGACCAUUCGACAAAAAUGAAACUGAAUAUGUUGUAACGGCCGGAUACAGAAUCGAUGAGGCGAGCACUUUCGCAGUAGAAGGGGAACCCGAAAUCAUGCACGGACCAAUGUAA